GGGGGAUUGGGCGGUACCGGCGCCUCCCGGUGGGGCUGGGGCGGGUCGUGAGGGGUGGGGCCAGGGGUGAGGGUCGGGGCCGGUACUGGGACUGGUGGCCGGGACGUGUGGGCGGGGUCGCCGGUCACCCGAUGCCGGUACCGGCCCCGUCGCUGAGACCGUGCUCUCCUUCCUUUCCAGACACGCUCUUCCAGCUGAAGGUGAGAGCAGCGGAGGCCCUUCCGCUUCCGUCCCGUCCCGCCGGUGCCGGGGGCGUCCCGGGCGCGGUUCCGCCGGCUCGGCCUCCCCGGGGCCGUGAGAGGAGGAGGCCCCGGCUGAGCGGAGAGCGGCGGCGCCGCGGGCAGAGCGUCGGGCAGGGUGCCCACUGCGGGGCGGCGGGGGUGGGCCAGGUGGGCACGGGCCCGGGGGCACAAAGGGGAGCGGCUGCCCCGAGCCGGGGGCAGGGUGGGACACUGGGAAUUGGGAAUGGGGAAUUGUUCCCUGGGAGGGCGGGCAGGCCCUGGCACAGAGCCCGGAGCAGCUGGGGCUGCCCCUGGAUCCCUGGCAGUGCCCCCGGCCAGGCUGGCGGGGCUGGGAGCAGCGGCAGUGUCGCUGCCGGGCAGGGGCACCGGAGGCUCCGGGGUGCCCCCGCCCGAGCAGCCCGUGCCCGUCCCGCUCCGUCCCGCUCCGUCCCGCAGUUCACAGCCAAGCCCAUCAAGAGGCUCUCCAAGAAAGCAGAGAAGGACUCCAAGGCCGAGCAGGCCAAAGUCAAGAAGGCGCUGCAGCAGAAGAACGUGGAGUGCGCACGGGUGUACGCCGAGAACGCCAUCCGCAAGAGGAACGAGGGGCUGCACUGGCUGCGCAUGGCCUCCCGCCUGGACGCCGUGGCCGCCAAGGUGCAGACCGCCGUCACCAUGAAGGGGGUGACGAAAAACAUGGCUCAGGUGACCAAGGCUCUGGACAAGGCCCUGAGCUCCAUGGACCUGCAGAAGGUGUCGGCAGUGAUGGAUAAAUUCGAGCAGCAAGUGCAGAAUUUGGAUGUGCACACGUCGGUCAUGGAGGACUCCAUGAGCUCGGCCACCACGCUGAGCACGCCGCAGGAGCAGGUGGACAGCCUGAUCGUCCAGAUCGCCGAGGAGAACGGGCUGGAGAUCAUGGACCAGCUGAGCCAGCUGCCCGAGGGCGCCGCCGCCCUGGGGGAGAGCUCCGUGCGCUCCCAGGAGGACCAGCUCUCCCGGAGGCUGGCUGCCCUGCGGAACUGAGCUCUCCCUGGGCCUGUGGAUGGCACUGCUGGAGCAGGACCCCCUCCUGCAGCCCCCCCUGCCUCGGGACUCUUCUCGGGGGGUGACAGCCCUUCCCUGAGCCUGCGGCCAUCCCGGUGGGAAUCCUGUGCUGGAUCGUGGGGGGGCUUCGUUUGGGGGUGCUGCUGGUGGCAGAGCCCCACGUGCUGACUAAAGGGAACACUAAGGGGAUUUCCCUGCUCUCGGGAUGCUGCUCCCCAACUCCUCUGUUGUUCCCUGUCCCUGCCCAGAGCUGAGCUGUGGGCUGAGUUCCUCAGGAGCUGGCUGGGAGGAGCAGGAGAGCCCACGGGGGUCCCCAUCUCGGGGAAGGGCCCCGUGCCCGGCUGUGGAGCUGGGGAGGUCGGUGCCUUGCAGGAAGGGGCGGUGACAGCGGGGUGUCCCCUCCCUCGCUGUCGCUGUCCCCGUGCCCUUUGCUGCUCCGUGUCCCGCCGGCCGACACCCCCAGCCCCAUACCACGAAGUGCCCUUUGGAACACCCUCCCCUGCCAGCCCCGUGCGUGUCAAUCCACAGAUUCCCCAGGCACUGCCAGCUGGAAGUGGUUAUCCCGGCCCUGACUGCCAGUGAGGACCCUUGUCCAGCACUGGGAGCGGAUUGCAGCGCUGUGGUGGCUGCAGACACGUCCCCAAAUGUCCCCCUGCUGGAUGGGUGUGACAGGGAGUGCAGAAUCAUCCCGGGAGCAGCUCUGCCUCGAUCCCUGCACCUCGUCCCUGGAUGUCCUCUGUCCCUUUGCUGCUGGCACCAGGCCGGGGGCGGGGGCUGCUCUCCGUGUCCCCUCCCACUGCUCGACCCUGUCCCUUGUCACCUUCCCCCGGGCUGGAGCUGUUUGUGCCCCUCCCCGCGGCACUGCGGAGCUGCUGGAUUGCUGGAAGCCCUCCAGGAAGGAAGCGCUGUUUCCUUUGGGUCUCCCAGGAGGAACUGUCACCUCUGGGGGAUGUCAUGGGGCCACCUCCCGGCACAAACACUUCCCGCUGCGUUGAUUGUU